AUGUCUCAAUCUCAGCCAAAGCACCAUCUCUAUCCCCCUCCAGAGAUCAUCGACGGGAUCAAUUCAUACUUCGUCCCACGACAGGGCCUGUGCAUCUCAAACGACCCGGACAUUCACGCCGAUUUCGCCACGAUCAGCGCCCUCGCCAGAACAAGCCGCUCGGUCAGGAGUCAAGUCCUCCACAAUGCGUACAACCGGCCACUACGCAUAGUGAUAACCAGCGGAAGGGACUGCCGCUGCCGCUGCGAGGACCAUCGAUCUGGCAAUAUUGUCCAUCCUCUACUAGGCAAGGCUCUCGCUCUGUCUGUGCUGAGGUUCCGCAAGAUCCAAGUAUCAUUCGCGCCUGACUUGCAUGCCAAACCAUGCGAAUAUGUUUAUCAGCGGAUAUGGCGCCAGCAGGAGCCUCCACUGGACAAACACAGCACAGAGAUGGCAGCCAACAUGUACUGCAUUGAGGGCCAAUCCAAGGCUCUGACAAGGGGGUUCCAGAAGAUCUUAUCACCUUUUACGAGUCGACACACUCCGAGCUUCACCUUCGAGUGGGACGGAAGCAGGGGUGUUGCGGAAGCCAAUCGUCAGCGUGAUCUCCCUCUGUGGAAUUUUCGCGACCUUCACGCGGCGAUGACGAGAUGGCGAUGGGUCAAGCACGACUGCUUCGUGGACCAUCAAAUCAGCCUGCCCGAGCAGGUGGCAACUGGAUGUCUGGAUGCGUCCACGUGGGAGGCAUUGAGAUCGUCUGACUCGUGGCGGUACUGUGAAGAUAGUCUCAAAGCGUGCCCACCCGUGCCACGGAGUCCGUCAGAGCUGCUCGGCCAGAGUUGGCAGUUUUGCCCGGACGAUUUUUGGUCCGAUGCGUCUUGGUUCAUGCAGAAUCGUCGCUAUCACCGGCGGUUGGGAUUUUGCAUGCGCUUCGUUGUGACCAUGGAGCAAUACGACGGUCCUGAGGGGGGGUGGAUGUAUCAUGCCAAAGGCAUUUCUUGGGCCUGA